AUUCCCCAGUUGUUAACCCCGAUUUGCUAAAAAAUAUGUCAAAGGGGAAAGUUUAAAAAGAUUUCACCAAUAAUUAUUCUUAAAUGUGAAUGAAAAAUGUCGCUCGUCACCCUGUUUAAGUCUGUUAGAAUCAACCUACGAUCGCCAUGCACCUUGGUGUCGGCUUGUCGUUUCAACUCGACAACAAAUAAUACAAACAACAACUCCACGGAGCAAAAUGAGCAGUACGAAGAAGACAUCAAGGAAAAAAUUUUGUGCGCCUCGCUGAAGUUCGUGCCCGAACUGGGUUGGAGCAAGGACGCGCUAAGCGCAGGCGCACAAACAGUCGGUUAUCCUGGCGUGACCCACGGCCUUUUUCACAGCGGUGGGGCAGAUCUAGUGCACUAUUUUCAGGUUUCUUCCAACAAUAAAUUGGUGGAAAUACUCAAGAAGUUACAAGAAGACAGUAACCCUCUGCCUCCAGUGGAGUUCGUCGAAAAAGCUUGCAAAGAGCGUUUGCAAAUGGUCGUGCCUUAUUUAGGAAAAUGGCCGCAGGCAAUCGCAAUCAUGUCUCUACCUCCAAACGUGCCCAACUCUUUGGCAACUCUAUUGACAAUGGUGGACGAUAUUUGCUACUAUGCGGGCGAUAGAUCUGUAGAUUUUAAUUGGUACCUGAGAAGAAUAGGCAUAGCGGGUGUGUAUAAGGCGACGGAACUGUACCUGAUUCAAGACAAAUCGGCGGAACAUGAGGAAUCGUGGAGAUUUUUGAACAGGCGUUUAGAAGACGCCGUGCAACUUCACGAUUUGAUCAGCAAAAGCGACGUUGCCAGCCAGGGCGCCAAGGACACCGCCUUGUCUGCAUUUGUAACGGCAAGAAAUAUCCUUGGUCUAAACUGGAAUAGAUAGUAUUAUGCGAAAAAUGCACAAUUUUAAAUUAAUUGCUUAUUAUAAAAUAUUAUUUCAAUUGGUGUGUACUUUUAUGAUACAAAUUAUAUUUUACACUUGUUAUUAUUUAAUGUUUAUUUUUGUUAUUUCAAUUUUUUUAAUUCCCAAGUUUGUUCCACCCCCAUAACUAUUUUUAUGUAGC